AUUGAAUUCAACCACUCCAAUAAUCUUAAGAAGUUCAAACCUGCUUUUCUCGUCCGCAUCUUCAUAAUCUCUAUUUAUAUACCCACCAGUGGCCAUCACCAAACCUAUAUUUAACUAUCUCUAUAAAAACUUUCAUAUAUUCCUCUUCUUUAAAUUAAAACACAAACACUCUCUUCUCUUCAUAAUCCUCAUCUCAUCAUCACUUUGUCACUAAAUCAGAAUGAAUCCAUCCGAGCAGAAUCACUUGUCCGUGGAAAAACCUUCACAGACUUCUUCGGGGCCGUACACAAGUCCACCACCGAUUGGUUAUCCGACCAGAGAUGCGAUGGUUGGUGAUCCUCCAGCCGCCGCAGUGGAGACAAAGUCCAAGGGCGAUGGUUUUUGGAAAGGAUGUUGUGCUGCCAUAUGCUGCUGUUGUGUCCUGGAUGCAUGCUUCUGAGACUUCGGAAUUAACGAUUUCAUGCAAAUUAUUGAUGUAAUAAAAGAGUAUUUGAUGCUAGUUAUGUUACCUACUCUCUGUUUGGAAUAUACUCUGUGGAUGGUUGUUACUAUGUUUUAUGUAAGUGAUUAUAUAUAUAUAUAUAUAUAUUCCGUUGAAUUGGGUUGUCGAAUAGAUCCAUC